GCUUGGCGUGGCGCGUACUUGGAAUGUCACGUAGAAUGCAGCUCACUGUGCACACCGUUUUGUUCCUGAACGUUCUUAGCAAUUUUGUUUCUGCCCUUUACUUUUACAUUGGUGAAACGGAAAAGAAGUGUUUCAUAGAGGAACUUCCAGAGGAAACUUCGGUGAUUGGAAAUUAUCGUGUGCAGCAGUAUGACAAGAGGAAGGAGGAAUAUGUGCCUGCCUCUCAAGGACAUGGCAUGUUGGUCAAAGUGAAAGAUCCACUUGGAAGGGUGAUGCCAUCACAUAAGAAUGGCGUUGAGGGCAGGCUCUCCUUUUUCGCUUUCAUGCCAGGUGAACAUCGGAUCUGCUUUCAUUCCGAAAACCCCUCUAAGUCCUCCCUUUCUUCUGGGAGGAUGUUUAGAGUUCACUUGGACAUCCUGGUCGGUGAGCGCGCCAUCAACUAUACAGAGAUAAAGUCUCAAUGGAAGCUGACCGAAUUGCAACUGCGAGUGUAUCAGCUGACUGAGCAGGUGUAUCAGAUUCAGAGGGAGCAGAACUACCAGCGGGACCGUGAGGAGCUCUUCCAACAGACCUGCUACAGCACCGAUCAGAUGGUUCUGUGGUGGUCCAUCGUCCACACCCUGAUUCUGUCGUGGUUCAGCGCCCAGACCUUGUUCCUGGUGGCUAUCUGGCGAAAGAGACACCUCAAGAGCUUUUCUGAGGAGGAGGAGGAGGAGGAGGACAAAUCCCCCAAAGUGACUACUGUUGCCAAAAAGGCUGUUUUCAUCCCCGUUGAAGGCGCAGACAAAAAUCUGAUCAAUCUUCCACUGACGCUGAUGCCUCACGUUGACUCUCCUGCUGAUGGUCCUACUGUGUUCUGUGUCCUUGGAUCGAACAUCCUACACACAUUUUUUCUACUAAAUAAACCAGGCAUCUGGUCCCCUAGCCACUCUGCCGAAAAUAAAGACACAGAAAUAGUCCAUGGAGAACCAGCAGAUGACCAAGGUCAGACAGAGCAUGAUGACGACAGUGAUGAAGAGGAUACUGCUGCACCAGUAGAGGGCAUCCUAGAGCCACUAUUGAAGAGAUGAGGAGGAGGCAGGUGUAAUGUAGGCCUACAGCAAGAUCAAACUGACUGAAGAAAUCCGGAGAUCACAAACGAAGAUAUUUACUGCCAAGAUGAGUGUCCUGAAGAUGCCAUCUUCGCUCAAACCAAGAGAAGAAAGCAGACCUGAAAGCAGACCUGAUCUUUGUUAUAGUAUUACCAAAGACCCUUGAACUGAGCAAGUUCAGUAAAUUCUAUUAAUUGAAAAACUGCACUGUAGGUAGUUGUUUUCUAAAAAUGUAAAACAUGCUUAUGGACAUUUUGAGCCAUUAUUGGAUAGGACAUUGAAGAGCAGACGGGGAACAAGUGGGAGAGAGAGUUGGAGUGGGGUUGGGCAAUGACCCAGGCAAGAUUCAAACCUCUGAGCAGUGAGCCCAUAUGCAUAUGGACAGGUUCAAUGCUGUUUGCACAAAAUAUCUAUGGCACUUUCCUUUACAUUUUCAAUGAUAUUUUUUUGAAUUAUAAGUGUUGGUUUGUAAUGUGUGUGUGAAUCAUGAUUGUCUACUGGAAAAAGUGCAUUUAAGAUUUUUUUUUAAAAAAUGUACAGGCCUGACAUGUUUUAUUACCAAAAUUGUUUGCAUCUGAUGUCUUUCAGAGCUUGCUAGUUUCAAUAAAAACAUUUAAAUGUCAUCCAUGACUGUUACGUAUGGUAUUUUAUUUGCAA